AUGGCUUUUAAGUUAAGCAUUUUCAUGCUCUGUGUAGCAGCUUUAAUGCUUGUUUUACUACAAGCAAACCAGGCCUCUACUGUGGAAACAUCAGCAUUGCAACAACAGGAGAAUUACCAACCAUAUGGUACUACCCAAGGCAGCCUUCGUCCUCAAGGGAUUCAGGGCAAGUUUGGGAGAGUAGGGACGGAGAUGGUAUUGUCAUACUCAGUCUUAAACCGGCCGUUGCCAUCAUCAUUGAUGAGUGCGGACCGCGGUGCACUACUCGGUGCUCGGCCACAGCGUACAAGAAGCCUUGUCUGUUUUUCUGCCAAAAGUGUUGUGCAAAGUGCUUGUGUGUUCCUCCUGGAACAUAUGGAAACAAGCAAGUUUGCCCUUGCUACAACAACUGGAAGACCAAGAGAGGAGGACCAAAAUGCCCCUAAUUAA